AUGAGCCGGAGGGAGGGAAGUCUGGAAGACCUCCAAGCUGACUCCUCAAUCUCACUCCUUCCCCACCUGGAGGCCAAGAUCCGUCAGACUCAUAGCCUUGCCCACCUCCUCACCAAAUAUGCUGAGCAGCUGUUCCAGGAAUAUGUGCAGCACCAGGGAGACCCCUUCGGGCUACCAGGCUUCUCGCCACCGCGGCUGUCUGUGGCCGGCCUGAGUGCCCCGGCACCGAGCCACGCGGGACUGCCCGCGCCUGAGAGGCUGCGCCUGGACGCUGCGGCGUUGGACGCGUUGCCACCCCUGCUGGAUGUCGUGCUCCGCUGCCAGCGGGCCCUGGGAGCGGCCGUGGAGGCCGUGCUGGCGGCGCUCGGCACCCCGGCCCGCGGGCCAAGUCCCGACGCGCCUCCAGCUGCCACCGCCUCCGCAGGUGUCUUCUCGGCCAAGGUUCUGGGGUUCCGUGUGUGCGGUCUCUACCGCGAGUGGGUGACUCGCACUGAGGGCGACCUGGGCCAGCUGAUGCCCGAGGGCCCAGCCUGA